AGAAAGCUCGCCAACGCGUUGAGUUAUAUGGCUCCCAAAUUCAAUAUUGGGACCGUCGAUCCCACCAUGCUCUGUAGUAGCGAAUACAUAGUGCAGCAAUGGCGAAUGGAUGAACUCAACUAUCAUGGCACAAUACGUGUCCGCUGGGCGAAUGUAACAAUGAAGGCUGCUGAGGAAAAUUGUGUUCAUCUUGAGCAGAUGGUUUUCCCUUUUAUUUGCAUGCAGGGAAUGUGUGACGAAAUCGUCAUUCCGGAAGGGGCGUCAGAACUAUUUGACAGGGCGACGAGUAAAGAUAAAACGCUGAUCAUGUUUGAGGGUUGCGGACAUGAAGUGCACAAUGAAUUUUCUACUAGUGACGUCGUGGAUGACAUGUCAAAGUGGCUAUUGGAUCGACUAGAGGCAUCAAUAGAUGAUAAGCGCGAAGAAAUUGUAAAGUUCAUACCGGCGACAGUCACACAUCCCAAUUUCUCCGACCCUGUCGACUUAGACCGAUUAUAACACCUUAGCGAGCCGACGACAUUCCGGACGGGAAUGGUCAUGUCGGUUCAGAUAAAUAAGUAUAGUAACUUGUGCGGCUGAUUUGAUGUACAGCAAGCGUAGUUUAACCGGACAUUAUUAACGCACUUGCAAACAAAAAAGAAGAGGAUCAAAUUUCAACAGUUUGGAAGGCGAACACUUUUCUUCUCUUUCAGGGAUACCAAGCUGGUUUGCAAGAACAUCAAGGAGCACCGUAGCGACCAACAUGUCACUUAUUUUAGAAAGUUUGUAUCGUUGAGAUACCUCUGAGCUUUUCAAUGCCAACAUAUAUGAUAAAUCUAAACAUCACUAAACAAUUUGACAGUCG